AAACUCAGUGUCACGCUGCGCUGGUGAGAUAGCUGCUAACCAAACGCUAGUGCAGACAGCUGCUAGCUAUGUUUAUUUGACCAGUGUAGGUCAAUAUCUUAAAAAAUGAGCUCUUCAGACGAAAGGUAUAAAGGGACUAAACGACCCGCAUCUCCAGACGAAACAGGAUCCACACAAUGGUCAACAGCAGAUUUGGGGACAAAUGAAAGGAAGCAGAAGUUUUUGAGGCUGAUGGGAGCUGGAAAGAAAGAGCACACUGGACGCCUUGUUAUUGGGGAUCACAAAUCAACAUCCCAUGUCCGGAGUGGGGUAGAAGAUCGUCAAAUUAAUGAUGCACUUGAGCAGCAGUAUCAGCAGGGUAUGGAUGGGAAACUAUCAGGGAGGAACAGAAGACACUGUGGUCUGGGGUUCAGUGAGCCCGACCCACCAGCUGAGAGUCCGAGCGCUGUUGCGUCAGAGGAGCAAGCCAGUUCAGAAAAAGCCCCUGAGCAACCAUCAGAAAAACACAAGGACGAGAAAAGCCUUUCAUCUCACACAGAGCUCAAAACACAGGAAUCAGAGCACGAUCGGCAAAAAGACUCAAAGGAAGAUGAUAAGAAAAAGGGUUUUAAAAUGUCAUUUGUAAAAGCCACAUAAAUGGAUUGGAUACAUGUUUAUCAGGUUUAGAUUUUGUUGUAAUCUUUUGACCUCCCACUGCGAGUGAGAGCACAUUUUUAUUUUCUUGGAUUUGUUUUAAUGUCAUUAUGUCUGUACCUAAUUAUUUAAACUUGCUUGGCCUUAUUGAGCCACACGGAGAACUGUUUCUUGUCCCCGAAUUGAAAGCAAUAGUACACCUAAAACUUUUGCUCUGCUUAGUCAGUAUGAUUUCAGUGGCAUGAUGACUGAACCUCCAUUUUUGGGUGAACUAUUACUUUUAAGCAAUAUCGAUAAAGAUUUAUCAAGUUUGGAAAGCAAAGAAAUUUUCAAAAUGUCUACUCUGUGUAUUAAUGGUCUGCAAAAUAUGUCAAUAAAGAGUAAAACUGUUAUGUGAUCAGAUGUGAGAUAAUAAAA